AUGAGUAGGCCAGAGCAACACACCAGAAGCAGUUCAAGGGCUGACUCAACUGACUCAACUGUGUCUCAGCAUCAUCAUCGCAACAGUUCAAUAGAUGCAGCGGCCAAAUUGAAAAGAGAGCUUAGUCACGCUAGUUCUAAUGGCCACACACGUUCAUCCAGCUUUGCUAAGGGCGACAGUCAGCUUCGGCAUCAUUCGAGUGCUGGCACGGAGAAGUCAGUCAAUGGAGCAGUAAAAAUGGACAAUUACGAAGGACACUCACCAAGGACAUCUUCUAAUGGUUCGGUCUCAAACAUCAAGGCAGACGAGCAUAUUCCAGCAGGCAACAAGUUGUUCGUUCAUCGUAGUGCAUCCGACUGCUCUGAAGCAUUACGAAUCGUGUCUGACUACUUCAUUCGACACUUUAAACGGAAGGAAGUCAUUGAAAAAUAUGCUGCUGAAAAACAAAAACAAGACUCUGAGAAGCAGAAAUCUGGGGAAGCUGGGGAGAAAGAUCAAAAUGAGAACCCUGUUGUAGUAGGUACACAAAAGCAGAUCAAGCAAGCUGAAGAGGAUUUCUUGGAUGAUGUUUAUGACUUCCAUGUCAUGUUGACAUAG